GCUGAGAGAAAAUAAAUGUGAAGAUUUUUGUGUAGGACAUGCGCAGAUGCGGGAUGCCAUAUUGCAGAGAGAGAGAGAGAGAGAGAGAGAGAGAGAGAGCUUCAGCCGGAGGUGGAGAAAAAAAGGGGGGAUUCGCUGAAUUUCAGUCUCCAGGAAACUUCAUUGAAGCGCAGGCCUCAAAUCACUGUGAGCUGACAAAGUGGGAAACGGUCAUUAGGACUCAACGUCUUCAAGGCAACAGCCUUUACAAGGAACCAAUGAUGACAUCUGCAGGGAGGAACACCCAGAGCCCAUCCAAUGGAAGAGCAGAGCACGGGCACUCAGAUAUGGAGUGUGGAGAUGAGGAACUGGACUUUAACUGGGAUGAAUAUCUGGAGGAAAUGGGAGCCACAGCAGCCUCACACACCUCAUUUAAACAUGUGGAGCUGAGUCUGCAGAGCAGUUUUCAGGCUGGGAUGAAGUUGGAGGUGGCCGACAGGAGUCGCGCCGACACAUACUGGGUUGCUACCGUCAUCACGACAUGCGGCCAGCUGCUGUUGCUGCGCUACUGUGGCUACGGCGACGAGCGCAGCGCUGACUUCUGGUGUGACGUCAUGACUGCAGAGCUGCAUCCUGUGGGCUGGUGUGCGCAGAACAACAAACUGCUACAGCCCCCUGAAGAUAACAUUUACCUCAGAGCAGCUAUUAAAGAGAAGUACAGCGACUGGACUGAGUUUCUGGUGAAGGAGCUCACAGGCUCACGCACGGCUCCAGCUAACCUGCUUGAAGGGCCGUUGAGGGGUAAGAACACGGUGGACCUGAUCGUUCCUGGGUGCGUGUUAGAGAUUCGUGAUGCUGCAGAGCCGUUUGUAUACUGGGCAGCGCGUGUGCAACGCAACGUCGGAGGACGCCUCUGGCUCAGCUACGUGGGACUGGAAGAACCCACAUACUACAUCUGGAUUUUCUACCUGGACAUCAGGCUUCGUCCAAUGGGCUGGGCCAAAGAGAACUGUCUUACAAUGGAAGUCCCAAAAGAAGUGCGUGAUCUGAGGAGUGCUACGGAGUGGAGUGAUGCUUUAGAGAAGGCCGUGUCAACAGCCAUGGAGAAACCUCUGCCUCUCGAGGUCUUUAAGGAUCACGCCGAUUUGCGGAAACACUCGUUCAAAACGGGGAUGAAGCUAGAAAUGGUGUCACCGCAAGAACCUUUCCACAUCUGCCCUGUGUCUGUCACUAAAGUGUAUAAUGAGUACUACUUCCAGAUCACCGUGGACGACCUGAGCGGAGAAGCCCCGCCCUGCUCAGUGCUGUGCCACGCCGAUUCUCCAGGCAUCCUGCCAAUCCAGUGGUGCUUGAAAAACGGUGUUGGUCUGCAGAGGCCUAGGGGUUUUCAGUCUCAGGACUUUGAUUGGGCAGAUUAUCUGAAGCACACAGGUACAGAGGCUGCCCCAGAUGCCUGUUUCCCCAGUGCGUCUCUGAGUCGGGGCUUCUGUAAGGAUACAUGGUUGGAAGCCGUAAAUCCACUUCAGCCGGGUGAAAUAAAUGUUUCACGAAUCACUCAGGUUAAAGGUCGCCUCCUCUGGCUCAGAUAUGAAGGCCUGACCAAACCCCUUGCUGAGUGUAUAGUGGAUGUUGAGAGUAUGGACAUCUUUCCUGUGGGCUGGUGUGAAGCUAACGUCUAUCCGCUUACACCUUUACGUAAAGCAGUGUGCCAGUCUCAGAAGAAGAUCGCUGUGGUGCAGCCCGAGAAACAAAUGACUCCUCCUCCCAAAGAAAAUGUCUCCCUCGACCAUUGCCAGUCUGUUCCCAUGGACCCAGUUUCUGUAAAUGGAAAGUACUGCUGCUCUCAGAUCUUUGUGAAUCAUCGCUGUUUUUCCGGGCCGUACCUCAACAAGGGUAGAAUCGCCGAGUUACCACAAGCUGUGGGGCCUGGCAAAUGCACAUUCGUCCUUAAGGAGGUUUUGACGAUGUUAAUAAACUCAGCAUAUAAGCCUAGCCGUGUUCUCAGAGAGCUACAGUUGGUUGGAGAUCCACAGUGGAACUGUCUGGAGGAAACCCUCAAAGCCAAGUAUAAAGGAAAGAGUUAUCGUGCAAGUGUAAGCAUCGUGUGUUUGGCUGAGCAGGUGGCCGAUUUCUGUCGCAGAGUGUGUGUGAGACUGCAGUGCUGUCCGAACCUGUUCGGCCCCACACUCGUGUCAGAGAAGUGUCCAGAGAACUGCUCCAUACACACCAAGACCAAGUACACACAUUACUAUGGAAAGAAGAGAAAAGUGGGCCGUCCCAGCGUGGGAGAAUGCACUCCAGAUGGGGACAUGGCUAAACCGGCCCGCCGCAGAAAGAAGCGCAAAUCCGUCUUUGUUCAAAAGAAACGCCGCUCUUCUGUUACAGGAUACCACGCCAUGGAGUCAGCACAGGACAGCGAUGAUUUCGAUGAUUUCGAUGAAGAGGAAGAUGAGGAGUCGUACAGCGGUGAAAGCUCGAGCUUGGAGCUGCGCGAAGAGGUUCCUGUGCGCUUCUCUACGCGACGAGGUCGACCCUGCAGGUCUCUCACUCUGCCUGGGCCGGGGGCUUCUACAGAGCGGCCGUUACUGCGGAGAUCCACGCGCUCGCUCUCUUACACACACAACCAGGCAGCCAAGCACACAAACACAGAGACGCCAAAUACACAAGAAGAAGAAAGCUGCUUGGUUUUAGAGAGGAAUCCUCUCGAGUGGAGCGUGUCAGAUGUGGUCGACUUCAUCAUGUCCACAGACUGUGCCUCGCUAGCCAAGAUUUUCCAGGAGCAGGACAUUGAUGGUCAAGCCCUGUUGUUGCUGACCCUCCCCACUGUUCAGGAGUGUAUGGAUCUAAAACUCGGCCCUGCUAUCAAACUCUGUCACCAGAUCGAGCGUGUUAAAGUGGCCUUCUACUCCCAGUAUGCUAAUUAAGCUAAUACGGGCUAACAUCUGUUUUCUUUCAGUGGAUAAAUAUGCUUGGUGCACACUGCUCAGGGGAUCUCACACCAUCAGAACAACAACAACAAAAAACAACACAACUGACUAUACGCUGCAAUUCUGAAAGCACAACGCUUUCCUGAAGAACUUCUGCAGUUAAACUUACGCAGAAGAAGGUCCACAAGUUCAUCAGAAAAGGAUGAAAUGAAUGACAGGGGACGCUGAACAAAUAUAGACAUUAUGGAAAUUGGAGGUUCUGAUGUUCUUCUGAGGCAAACAUUUUUUUUUUUUUGACAGAUCAUUUCGAUUACAAAUAGCAGGCCCACAAUACAGGGUGUUUCUCAAUACCAAAAAUGAAAGACUUACUGUAUAUCUCACCAACUACAAUCAGUUCAACAUGUUUGCGUUACUGAUACUUGCCUUUGGAUGAAAUAACUUUUGGCUCCCUGAGCACUUAGGAGCAAUUAAACAAUUGCUUAGUUUGGAUACUUGACAAAUACGUGACGAAUGGCUGCAUGUACUGCACUAGGAUCGGGUGUAUCGGAUAAUAUAAGAGAAAGUGCUAACAACUAAAAUGAAUUGAGGAUUCUAUAUGCGAACUCUUAAUAAUAAGAAAUGAUACAUCUCAAAUCACUGAUCUUUUCAAUAUUUAUUAUAAUUUAUUACCAAAUAUUGGCGAAAAAUUUAAGACAGCCGAUGUGUAAAAAUAAUGAAACGUGUUUAAACCGAUGUGAAAAUGAUUGAAAGCGCUAUAAAGGUGAAUUAUCAUUAUCAUUGUGGUCACAUAUUGAUCAGAAGCUGCUGACUCAUAGAAGACAGCGAAUAUUUUUUUUUUUUUACAUAUCGUAUUGUGUGCAAAUCUGAUUUACACCCCUUGAGUGAAUGUGACAGUAAUGCAAGCCUUAAUGGGCACAUCCUAUUGCUUUUGCAUACUUUUUUUUUUUUUUUUUUUUUACCUGUGGAGGAUUACACGUUGUGUCCACUAGGGUUUUGGAGACGAAGCAUGCCUCACCAGCCAUUAACCAAUUUCCAAACAACAACAAAAUAAACAGUGACAAAGCCAGGGGUUGAAUAGACCAAGAAUUCAUUAAUCAAAUCGAAUUAAAAUUGCACCACAUUCCUGUUUCUACUUUUUAUUUAUUUUUUUAAAAGAAUGCACACAAAGUGCAGUAGCCACUUACAUAAGCACAUGCACGUAAAAAACGCCCUGAUGCCAGCAAAGGAUUUUAGUGCUGACUAGUUAAUUUUGCUAACCUGAGACUCGUCCUCAUUCCAUCUGUCAUCACUGUAUUUCAAAGACAUAAACAGCUUUCAGUUUAUUCUCAUUAGUCAUACGUAUAUCGAUGAGUCACUGAAAUCUGGGAAGCACCCAGCUGUUUUAACUGUACUUCAGUAGAAGAACUGAGCUUUGGCAAAGGAACAUGACUUAGAGCAGUACACAAGAACACAUUGAGAAACACCUGGUGUUCCUGUUCCAGGACUGUGAUAAGCCACUUAUACCUGUCACCAUUUUUCUCAUCUGAGACCAAAUGAUAUAUUUAUAAGUGUAAUUAGACUUGAAGAAUCAAUGUAUAAAAAAUAUCUUUGAUAUAUUUAUUUUGGCCUGAAGAGCAGCUGCUCUCAUGUUCAUUUUUUUGUUGGUUUUUCUUUCUUUUUUCUUGUUCUUUUUUUUGUUUUGUUUUUUAAGGGGAACAGUACAGAUUGGUACAGUGUUCCUUAUCUUAUACCACUUUGUAAAAAAAGAAAAAAAUAUGACCAAACAAACAAACCACUAAAACAAAACACUGGAUACUGUAUGGAAAUGUUUCAUGCAAAAUCUAUGCAAAAGCAAGACUUUUCUUAUGGACAUUUUCUACUUUGCUGUAUGACCUGAUGCUUCCCUUAAAAUUGAACAGAGAACAUGUACAUAGAAUGUGUAUAGAUUUUUUUGACCUAAUAGUAAAAUCUAGUUUUAAUACAACAUUGUGAUGCACUAAAAAAUGAGCUAAUUAUGUGUUCUAUUAUUAUUAUUAUUAUUAUUAUUAUUAUUGUUAUUAUUAUUAUGAUGAUGAUGAUGAUGAUGAUGAAACAGAAAGCAUCCUUGUUUCACAAGGACGUGAUUUGUAAGUUUAAAAGCAAGUAUAAUCAUAUGACCAGGACACUGAAAUAUAACCAAUAUCCUGUGACAUCCCACUAAACCGAAAGAAAUGUUGAACGAUGCUGUAAAUCACUCAUUGACCAUAAAAGAGUGAAGAUCUUU